UGGUGGUGGUAUAAUAAAAGAAAUUGUUUUUUGUUUUUUUGUGCAUUUUUGGUGAAUACGAUGAGUGCCACCAGCGUUAUAAAGUACAACGACGACGAAAUAAAUAUACGUCCGGCCAGGAAGGAAGACAUGGCCACAGUGGCAAAAAUGAUUCAGGAACUCGCCGACUUCGAGAAAAUGCCCGAGGGUCCGAAAAUGUCGGUCGAAGAGCUGGAGCGCGACGGCUUCGAGUCGUCGCCGCCGGCGUUCCGCUGCUCCGUGGCCGAGCUGGCGGCGGCGCCCGCGCUGCUGGGCUACGCGCUGUUCUUCCCCACGUACUCCACGUGGCAGGGCCGCGCCAUGAUGCUGGAGGACCUGUACGUGCGCCCCGCCGAGCGGCGCCGCGGCGUGGGCCAGCGCCUCUUCCGCCACGUGGCCGAGGAGGCGGCGGCCAGCGGCUGCAGCCGGCUGGACUUCCACGUGCUGGAGUGGAACGAGGCGCGGCGCUUCUACGAGAGCAAGGGCGCCGUGAACCUCACGGCCGCCGAGCGGUGGUGCUACUACCGCCUGUCGGGCGCGGCGCUGCGGGCGCUGGCGCCGGCCGACGCGCCGCAGCCCUAG